AUGCGGCCGACUGUCUCCGCAUCCCGACGUGACCUCCGUCGACCUGGAGUAUCCGAUUGUUCAAGCCACCAUCGCCACCUACCAUCACCACCACCACCAUCACCGCCGCCGCCGCCGCCGCUACAGCGUAGCGGUCUCGAUCGCCUUUUGGGGACAGUUGCUGUUUUUGAGAGGACGAGACCAGUCCGACGUUGUCCUGCUGCAGCUGAGACGAAUUUCCUGGUCAUUAAAGCUCUAUAA